UUCUCUUCUGAUAUAAGAAAAAAGCUAUUAAGAAGCCUUAAAUACUAAGAAUUCUCAUGGUUAAAUAUUUUUUUCGUCCUUAUUUAUUAAGGAAUAAGAGUAUUGGUGCUAAAAAUUUUAUCUUUGGAUAUAGAAGAAACCUUUCUAUUCAUGAAUAUUUAUCGGCAAAUAUUUUAAGAGAUUAUGGUAUUAAUGUCCCUUCUGGGAGAGUUGCCAAAAGUUCUGAAGAGGCGGUAAAAAUUGCCAAAGAAUUGGGAGUGGAAGAUUUUGUUGUUAAAGCACAGGUUCUUUCAGGAGGAAGAGGAAAAGGUGUUUUUGAUAGUGGGUUAAAGGGAGGUGUAAAAGUAGUUUGUUCUCCUGAGGAAGUUGGUCGAUACGCGAGUCAAAUGUUAGGAUAUACACUUGUUACGAAACAAACGGGGCCUUCUGGAAAAAUUUGUAAUGCGGUUUAUGUUUGUGAAAGGAAGUUUUCUAGAAAGGAAUAUUAUGUUGCUAUAUUGAUGGAUCGCGCAUCAUGUGGACCUAUGAUUGUUGCAUCUUCUGAAGGAGGUGUUGAUAUUGAAACAGUUGCUAAAGAAAAUCCAGAUUUGAUUUUUACAGUGCAUAUUGAUAUAUCCAAAGGGGUUACUAAAGAUAUAGCAUCUAAUAUUGCUGAUAAACUUGGAUUUUCUGAGAAAACUCGGGAUCAAGUUAUAGACACAAUAUUAAAAUUAUAUAAAGUGUUUAUUGAAAAAGAUGCCACUCAAAUUGAAAUAAAUCCUCUUUCAGAAACGAUAGAUCAUAAAAUAUUUGCUAUGGAUGCUAAAUUUGGGUUUGAUGAUAAUGCAGAAUUUAGACAAACUGAUAUAUUUUCAUUACGUGAUAAGUCUCAAGAAGAUCCUGAUGAAAUUAAAGCAACUAAUCUUGGAUUAAAUUUUAUCAAACUUGAUGGAUCAAUUGGAUGCUUAGUAAAUGGAGCUGGUUUGGCUAUGGCUACUAUGGAUAUUAUAAAGCUUAAUGGCGGAGAGCCUGCAAAUUUUCUUGACGUUGGUGGCUCUGCUAGUGCUGAAUCAAUUAAAGAAGCAUUUAGUCUUAUUAUCAAAGAUCCUAAAGUAACUACUAUCUUUGUGAAUAUAUUCGGUGGGAUUGUGAGAUGUGAUUAUAUAGCACGAGGUCUCAUUUCAGUCAUGAAAGAUUUGAAUCUUUCAAUUCCUAUUAUUGUGCGUUUACAAGGUACGAAACAGGAGGAAGCACAAGACAUAUUAAAUAGUUCUGGUUUACAAUUUUUUUCUUAUAUAGAUCUUGAUGAGGCAGCUUACAAGGCAUGUCAUUUUAGUAAAAUUAUGAAAUUGUCAAGAGAUAUUGAUGUGGAUAUAAGCUUUAAGCCUUUAUAA